AUGACCCACGCUGAAGGUACUGAAUCCAUCACGGAUUAUCCAGAUGGGGGAUUGAGAGCUUGGCUGGUCGUAUUUGGUGCCUGGUGUGCCAUGGUACCCUCCAUGGGUCUUUUGAACUCGCUCGCAGUCCUCCAGGCUUGGCUCGGAGAACACGAACUACAAGGGAUGCCGGAGUCUUCUACCGGGUGGAUUUUCAGCGGCUAUGCCUUCUUCCUGUUCUUUUGUGGCGCUCAAAUAGGCCCUGUGUUUGAUGCCCAUGACAUGCGCACAUUGAUCGUCCCUGGAGCUGUCGGCAUCGUACUUGCUCUCGUUUUCAUGAGCCUUUCGUCCGAGUUUUAUCAAUUCUUUCUCUCGUUCAGUGUCCUUGGCGGGAUUUCGUCGUCGUUGCUGUACAAUCCAGCCGUAUCAGCGAUCGGCCAUUGGUUUCACAAGAAGAGAGGACUGGCCACUGGCCUGGCUUGCACUGCGGGAGGGGUGGGCGGCGUCUGGAUGCCCCUCGUUAUCCUCUACUUGGCUCCCCGCAUCGGCUUCGGCUGGUCUAUCCGAGUGAUAGCUCUCAUAUGCGCCAUUCACGGGGUAGUGGCAUGCUGUCUACUGACUAAACGGCUGAAACCUGAGAAGUCAAGAGGGUCUUCCAUCGACCUCAAAGCCCUUAAGGACAUUGACUACGCCGCAGUGGCCCUCGGACUAGUUCUCGUUGAGUUUGCCGUCUUCAUUCCUAUCACAUACAUCUGCUCCUAUGGUAUUCACUCUGGGUUCGGAUACCUCGACGCGUACAUGCUUAACCCCCUUCUCAACGUUGGCGCCGUUCCGGGUAGAUUCUUACCCAAUUACGUCGCUGAUCGAUUCGGUGUCAUGAACACAAUGUGUACCAUUACAUUCUGCUGUAUGGCUUCGAUAUUUGGCCUUUGGCUUACCGCAAACGGGAGUCGGGCUAUGACAACAGCGUUCGCCAUCAUCUAUGGAUUUUGGUCAGGAGCGUCUGUGAGCCUUGCUCCGGUCGCCAUCGGCCUAGUAUGCCGGACGGAAGACUAUGGGAAACGCAACGGUACCGCAUACACCCUUUGCAGCUUUGGGACUCUCAUCGGGAUUCCAAUCGCCGGCGCGAUUUUAGGAGUCGAGGGCGGCGGCUAUCAGGGGCUGAUAAUAUUCGCUGCGUUAGCCUAUGUAAUAUCCUUGGCUGCUUACAUCUUUGGUCGUAACAUCUACCAGUCUUCCAGAAGCGCACGAGUCAUGUUCCUCUCCAACAGAGCACCAGCGAAACCGCUGCCCCGCUUCCAAACCAACACGCCUCUGGACUCGACCUUUGACAAGGAUAUCCGCGACGUGCACCUUAUCUACGACUAUGACGCUGAGGACGAGAAUGGAAACCCGGAAAAGUGGCGCUAUGAGAUGUGGUUCUUCUCCGAGGACCGCGUAGUCUACGCCAUCCAUGGCGGACCGAUGGCGGGUCGCAUAAACUAUCAGGCCGCCACGUAUCAGUGUAUUCGCCCCGGCGAGCUAUGGCAGGUGAACUGGCUCGAAGAGACGGGUACAGUCUGCUCGCUGGUAUACGACAUUCCGAAUCAGAAAAUCUCGACGCUCAUUUCGUUUUCGCGGGGCCACUGGGAAAAUCCCAAGGCGGCGCACGGUGACAAGCGCAACCCCGGCGAUUUGGCGCGUUGGAGGGUGCUUGCGAGGUUUGGGCAUCAGAGCGACAGGCUCAUGCUGUCCGAGCAGGCGGACAUUGUGGAAAAGUUCAAGGGCAAAGGGAAUUUGGUACCUAUUUCUGAGGAUGCUAUAACAUUUUGA